AUGACAAGCAAAUUAACUUAUGACGGAAAAGUGGUGGUGAUCACCGGUGCCGGUGGAGGGCUCGGCAGAACUUAUGCUUUAGCUUUCGCAGAGAGAGGUGCCAAAGUGGUGGUUAACGAUCUUGGGGGGACUCUCGGUGGUUCCGGAAACUCCACAAAGGCGGCUGAAACUGUCGUGGAAGAGAUUAAAGCUAAAGGUGGUAUUGCAGUGCCCAACUUUGAUAACGUGGUGACAAAUCCAGAGGGUAUCAUCAAGACCGCGGUGGAGGCCUUCGGCACUGUGCAUGUUCUUGUGAACAAUGCGGGUAUUCUCAAGGAUUCGAGUUUCAAGAACAUGACAGACAAGCAAUUCCAGGACGUUCUGGAUGUUCACUUGAACGGUGCUUACAAGCUAACUCAUGCUGCCUGGGGCUAUUUUAAGAAGCAGAACUACGGUAGAAUAGUGAAUACAUGUUCUCCUGCUGGUCUCUAUGGAAAUUUUGGCCAAGCAAACUAUUCGGCAGCCAAAUUGGCUCUUGUUGGAUUUGCAGAAACUUUGGCGAAAGAGGGCCACAAGAACAACAUCAAGGCAAACACCAUUGCUCCUUUAGCCAGGUCCAGGAUGACCGAGAGUAUUUUGCCUCCAGAUAUGCUUGAGAAAUUGGGCCCAGAGAAAGUCACACCCUUGGUUUUGUACCUAUCUCAUGAGUCUAACCCUUCCAGCGGGGCCAUCUACGAAGUUGCUGCUGGAUUUUACGGUCAAAUUAGAUGGGAAAGAAGUCAGGGUGUUCUUUUCAAGCCUAAUGAGUCGUUCACUCCAGAAGCCAUUUUGAAUAGAUACUCAGAUAUCGUUUCUUUCAAGGGUAAAAAUCAAUAUCCAAUCAUGUUGAAUGAUUACAACACUUUGAUCGAAAAGUCUACCAACUUGCCAAAGGACAAUGAUCAGGGCAAGGUCAAGAUCACGUCUUUGAAGGACAAGGUGGUAGUCAUCACUGGAGCAGGUGCUGGUCUUGGAAGAUCUCAUGCUUUGUGGUUUGCCAAGUAUGGUGCGAAAGUUGUUGUGAACGAUUUUGCGGAUCCAGGUCCGGUUGUUCAAGAAAUCACCAAAGCUGGAGGUACUGCUGUAGGCUCGAAACAUGACGUUGUUACGCAGCCGGACCAAGUCAUCAAGACUGCAUUGGACAAGUUUGGCAGAGUUGACAUUCUGGUCAACAAUGCAGGAAUAUUGCGCGACCGUUCUUUCCAGAAAAUGUCGGACAAGGAGUGGGACCAAGUAGUCAACAUCCAUCUUGUUGCUACUUUCAAGUUGUGCAAACUGGUUUGGCCAAUCUUCUUGAAACAGCAAUCUGGUCAUAUUAUCAACACUACUUCCACUUCUGGUAUCUAUGGAAACUUUGGUCAGGCCAAUUAUGCUUCUGCCAAGCUCGGCGUAUUGGGUCUUUCGCGUACAUUGGCAAUCGAGGGUAAGAAGGCUGGUAUCAAGGUCAACGUUAUUGCUCCUCAUGCUGAAACUGCUAUGACGAAGACCAUCUUCAGUGAGAAGGAACUGAACAAGUUUUCUCCAAGUCAAGUUUCGCCAUUUGUUGUACUCCUCAGCUCCGACGAAUUGAACGUAACUGGUCAAUUGUUCGAAGUUGGUGCUGGUUGGAUCGGUAAUACCAGAUGGCAGCGUGCCAAGGGUGCUAUAAGUCACGAUAAGGUUACUCAGGUUGAGUUCAUCAGAGAUAACUGGAAGGAUAUUGUUGACUUUUCGCAGCCCAUUACUGUUGCGUCAACUCAAGAGUCUGCUAUGGCCAUUAUGGAAUCUAUUGGAGGAGGCGAUGAUGACGACGAGGACGAGGAUGAUGAUGACGAGAAUGAGGACACUGAUGAAGCAUUGUCAAGCUACAAGUACACCCACAAGGAUGUUAUCCUAUACAACUUGAGUCUGGGAGCCACCGCCAAAGAACUGAAGUACUCUUAUGAGAAUUCUCAAGACUUUCAAGUCCUCCCUACGUUCGGUACUAUUCCGUUCAUGGUCCAAGAUAACGGUGGUCUUGAUAUGCCAGGUCUUCUGAAAAACUUCAACCCCAUGAUGUUGCUUCAUGGUGAGCAUUACUUGAGAAUUUGCAAGUUUCCUAUUCCCACAGAGGGUGAGGUAGAGACCAAGUCUUACCCGAUUGCUACCUUGAAUAAGGGUAAGAACGGCCUUAUCAUUGGUGGUUACGAGACCGUUAACAAGAAGGGAGAGACAUUGUUCUACAACGAAGGAUCUUUCUUUGUGAGAGGUUCUCAGACCCAGAAUGGCAAGGACACCUUCUUGAAGGAGCGUACAAAGUUUGCAACUCUGCCAUUCGAAGCCCCAAAGGAUCGCAAGCCUGAUUUCGAUGUGACGUUCCAAACAAGUGUUGACCAAGCUGCGCUUUAUCGACUAAAUGCUGACUUCAAUCCUCUGCACAUUGACCCAGCCUUUGCUAAGGGAGCUCAGUUCCCCAAACCAAUUCUACACGGAUUGUGCUCUUUGGGAACUUCACUGAAGAGGAUUUACGAGCAUUACGGAGCUUUCGAGGAGUUGAAGGUGAGAUUUGCGUCGUUUGUCUUCCCAGGAGAUCGUUUACGUGUUGUUGGUUGGAAGGACGGGUCAAUCGUAACUUUCCAGGUUUACGACGUGGAUCGUAAGGUGCUUGUCAUCAGCAAUGCAGGUAUCAACUUGCGCGCAAAGCCAAAGCUUUGA